AAUUGGUAGCACACUCGCUCCGUGUUUAAACUUUCUUGCUUGCUCGAAGAGGAAAAUGGAGCUGAGAAGCUGAAUCCGGGAAAGGAAGAUGCUGGGUUCGUUGGGUCUCCUCGCCACGCCUUUUGCUUUCGGGUCUUUCUCUCCUUCAUCGAGCAAGACCCGCACUUUGAGUUCCAAAAGUAAUCAUCAACUUGCCAAACAACUAGCAGUUGAAUCUAGACGUGGAUCCCGUAAGUUGCUCGGGCGACCUGUAUUUUUGUUCAACUCAGUGUAUGGAAAGGUCAGUCAUGGUUCCCCAAUCUUAGCUGUUAUGGUUGAUGAUAGUUCAACAAUGACAUCGUCUGAGGAAGACGCCGAACACAUCGGCAUCUUGGACGUUGAUUCUGCCCUCGAACCUUUUAAGGAUCACUUCCAAUAUAGAGUUAAGAAAUACUUGGAUCAGAAAAAUCUCUUUGAAAAGCAUGAGGGAGGCCUAGAGGAAUUUGCUAAAGGUUAUUUGAAAUUUGGAUUCAACAGAGAAGAAGGUGGAAUUGUCUACCGUGAGUGGGCUCCUGCUGCUCAGGAAGCUCAAGUUAUUGGAGACUUUAACGGAUGGGAUGGCUCCAACCACAGGAUGGAAAUGAAUCAAUUUGGCGUUUGGAGUAUUAAAAUUCCUGAUUCUGGGGGAAAUCCAGCUAUUCCUCAUAAUUCAAGAGUCAAGUUCAGAUUCAAGCAUGGUGAUGGAGUUUGGGUAGAUAGGAUUCCUGCUUGGAUUAAGUAUGCCACUGUAGACACUACCAGAUUUGGUGCACCAUAUGAUGGUGUGCAUUGGGACCCUCCACCUUCAGAAAGGUAUGAAUUUAAGUACCCUCAUCCCCCAAAACCCAAAGGCCCAAGAAUAUAUGAAGCUCAUGUUGGAAUGAGCAGCUCAGAACCGCGUAUUAAUUCAUACAGAGAAUUUGCUGAUGAUGUUUUACCUCGCAUUCGGGCAAAUAACUAUAAUACUGUUCAAUUGAUGGCUGUAAUGGAGCAUUCUUAUUAUGCAUCAUUUGGAUAUCAUGUUACAAACUUUUUUGCUGUAAGCAGUAGAUCUGGAACUCCUGAGGACCUCAAAUAUUUAAUUGAUAAAGCCCACAGCUUAGGUCUACAGAUCUUGAUGGAUGUUGUUCACAGCCAUGCAAGUAACAAUGUCACUGAUGGACUCAAUGGCUUUGAUGUUGGCCAAAGUUCACAAGACUCAUAUUUUCACUCUGGAGAAAGCGGUUACCACAAGUUAUGGGAUAGCCGACUGUUUAAUUAUGGUAAUUGGGAAGUCCUUCGCUUCCUUCUUUCAAACUUGAGGUGGUGGCUUGAGGAGUUCAAAUUUGAUGGCUUUAGGUUUGAUGGAGUGACAUCAAUGUUAUAUCAUCACCAUGGUAUCAACGUGGGUUUCACAGGGGAUUAUAAUGAGUAUUUCAGUGAAGCAACUGAUGUUGAUGCUGUUGUUUAUUUAAUGCUGGCCAAUUCUCUGAUACACAGCAUCUUGCCAGAUGCAACUGUAAUUGCUGAAGAUGUUUCCGGUAUGCCUGGACUUGGUAGGCCUGUCUCUGAAGGGGGAACUGGUUUUGACUACCGCCUGGCAAUGGCUAUCCCUGACAAGUGGAUUGAUUACUUGAAAAAUAAGAAUGAUGAAGAGUGGUCAAUGAAGGAUUUAUCCUGGAGCUUGACAAAUAGGAGACAAACUGAGAAGUGUAUAUCCUAUGCUGAGAGUCAUGAUCAGGCUAUUGUAGGUGAUAAAACAAUUUCAUUCUUCCUAAUGGAUAAAGAAAUGUACUCUGGCAUGUCAUGUUUAGCAGAUGCUUCUCCUACCGUUGAGCGAGGGAUUGCACUUCACAAGAUGAUACAUUUUAUUACUAUGGCAUUAGGAGGAGAGGGCUACCUUAAUUUUAUGGGAAAUGAGUUUGGACAUCCUGAAUGGAUUGACUUCCCGAGAGAAGGCAACGGGUGGAGUUAUGAAAAAUGCAGAAGACAGUGGAGUCUGGUGGAUACUGAACACUUGAGAUACAAGUUCAUGAAUGCAUUUGACAGAGCUAUGAAUGCACUUGAUGAUAAAUUUUCAUUCCUUUCAUCAACAAAACAGAUAGUGAGCAGCAGUAGCGAAGAAGACAAGGUUAUUGUCUUUGAGCGGGGAGAUCUGGUUUUUGUGUUCAACUUUCAUCCCAAGAAUACAUAUGAUGGGUACAAAGUGGGGUGUGACUUGCCAGGGAAGUAUAGAGUUGCUCUGGAUAGUGAUGCUUGGGAAUUUGGUGGGCUUGGAAGAGUGGGUCACGAUGUGGAUCAUUUCACAUCUCCCGAAGGAAAACCAGGUGUGCCUGAAACUAAUUUCAACAAUCGUCCUAAUUCUUUCAAAGUACUCUCGCCAGCUCGCACGUGUGUGGCUUAUGGCUUUUGGAACUUUGGGUGGCAUCACAAAUCUCUGCCUGUUUCUAUGGUCCUUGAACCCUUCUUCGAAGUUAAAACAUGGAUUUACAGAUUUCUUACAAACUUUUCCCAGGUUUAUCAUAGAGUGGAAGAAACUCCAGGAGACAUUAAUGACAGCAACUUAACCGGUGUCAAUGAGACAUUACAAGUAGAUGCUGUAAAGGAGGAGAAUAUUGCAGAAUCAGCUUCAGUGGUAGAUAUCAUGGAGACCAAAUCUCUGCCUGUAUCUAUAGAAAGUCCAGGAGUGGAAGAAAGUCCAGGAGAAACUAACGACUACAAUUUGGCCGGUGUUGAUGAGAGGUUGCCAAUAGAAGGAGCAAAGCAGGAAAAUAUUGAAGAACCAGAAAGUCCAGGAGAAACUAACGACUACAAUUUGGCCGGUGUUGAUGAGAGGUUGCCAAUAGAAGGAGCAAAGCAGGAAAAUAUCGAAGAACCAGCUUCUGUGGUAGACAGAAGUUUUGCUGCCAACCUAGACCCUCCUGAAGCGGAAGAGAGGGAAGAUGGAAUAUUGGACGACUAAGCUUUUCAGCUCCAGUGCAAAUCAAAGAGAGUAUAAGCCUAUUCGUGUUACCUUGUUUUGUGAAUAAUAGUAGUGUGAGGAGUAACCAGGGAAUUUUGUUUUUGUUUGUAGAUUUUAGGCAGAGAAUAAUAGUCUGCUUAGGUGCCAGUCAUCACUGUAGGAAGACCGAAGUCUACUGAUCGUAGGCAAUAAGAUCUAUAGAGUUGUGAAGAUCAAGUCCACAGUGGGUGCAUCUUGCAUCUGAGCAUUCGACUUAUUGGUAUACACGAUCUCUAUGUUUUAAUCCCCUUCCCCCAAAACAACAUCCACUAAA